UCCAUCAACUUCUGGGUUGUGUUAUCCACCUCAUACAUGAACAAAAUAUCCCACCCAAACCAACACGGCCACACUUAUUUAGCUCAAUCAAGCAAGCCAUCUGUUAGCUCACUCCACCCAGCCAUGGAUUCCUUGUCCUCCUCCUUCCUCUCCACAUUUCCAACCCAAUCUUCCACAACAGCUCCGAAACUCAACCCAACCAAACCCCUCUAUAUCUCCUCCGUCAGAAUCGAAGAGAAACCCGCCACCCAAACCCCGCCAAAAACUACAACACAACCAAAGAACAAGACUACUUCAACUACAACUACUAGAACUACUCCAUCUUACUCAUCAACCACAAAACCUAAUGCAACAACACCUCCAACACUCCCAUCAGUCAUUUUCAACCUCUUCGACGACUUCAUCAACACCUUCGUCGAUCCUCCCAUCCGCCCCUCCGUCGACCCCAAACACGUCCUCUCCGGCAACUUCGCCCCCAUUUCCGAACUCCCACCCACCGAGUGCGACGUCAUCCACGGCGCAUUGCCCUCCUGCCUCGACGGCGCUUACAUCCGCAACGGCCCUAACCCACAAUACCUCCCUCGCGGGCCCUACCACCUCUUCGACGGCGAUGGCAUGCUCCACUCCAUCAGAAUCUCCCAAGGCCGCGCCGUCCUCUGCAGCCGCUACGUCAAGACGUACAAAUACACCGUCGAGCGCGAAGCCGGCUUCCCUCUCCUCCCCAACGUCUUCUCCGGUUUCAAUGGCCUCACCGCCUCCGCCACACGUGGGGCACUCUCCGCUGUCCGCGUGGCUUCCGGGCUCUACAACCCUAUUAACGGCAUUGGCAACGCCAACACAAGUUUGGCGCUCUUCGGUGGCCGUCUUUUCGCGCUCGGUGAGUCUGAUCUCCCUUAUGAGGUUCGUUUGACGGCGGACGGCGACGUCGAGACGGUGGGACGUCACGACUUUAACGGCGAGCUGUUCAUGAGCAUGACGGCGCAUCCAAAAGUCGACCCCGACACCGGCGAGGCCUUCGCUUUCCGUUACGGCCCUAUGCCGCCGUUUUUAACUUACUUUCGGUUUGACCCCACCGGAGCUAAGCAGCCGGACGUGCCGGUGUUCUCCAUGACGAGUCCUUCUCUACUCCACGACUUCGCCAUCACUAAGAAGUACGCGGUGUUCGCCGACAUUCAGAUCGGAAUGAAUCCUAUGGAGAUGAUCGGAGGAGGAUCUCCGGUGGGUCUGGACGCUUCGAAGGUCUCAAGAAUCGGAAUUAUACCGAAAUACGCAGCGGAUGAUUCGGAGAUGAGGUGGUUUGAGGUGCCGGGGUUCAAUAUUAUGCACGCGGUGAACGCGUGGGACGAAGACGACGCUGUAGUGGUGGUGGCGCCGAACAUCUUGUCGGCGGAGCACACACUAGAGAGAAUGGAGCUCCUCCACGCGCUCGUGGAGAAAGUGAGGAUCGACCUCAAGACCGGGAUUGUCUCCCGGCAACCGCUAUCGACUCGGAAUCUGGACUUCGCGGUGAUCAACCCGGCUUUCCAGGGGAAGAAGAACCGGUACGUCUACGCGGCGAUCGGCGACCCCAUGCCGAAGAUCUCGGGAGUGGUGAAGCUCGACGUGUCGGGUUGUGAGCACAAGGAGAGCAUAGUGGGGUGUAGGAUGUACGGUCGGGAUUGCUUCGGGGGAGAGCCGUUUUUCGUGGCGAGGGAGCCGGAGAAUCCGGAGGCGGAGGAGGACGACGGGUACUUGGUGUCGUAUGUUCAUGAUGAGAAGACGGGGGAGUCUAGGUUUUUGGUUAUGGACGCCAAGUCGCCCGAGCUGGACAUUGUGGCUGCCGUGAAGCUGCCCCGGCGAGUGCCGUAUGGUUUUCACGGUUUGUUCGUGAGGGAAAGUGACCUGAAAAAAUUGUAGAUUCACGGCGUUUAACAACCACGUGUUGUUUCUCACCACAUAUUGUGAUAUAUAGAUAGUAAGGAUAUGAACUCGACUAUAAGUUGCGACAUUAUUUAGUUGGUACAAACAGUCGUGACUAUGUAACU